AUGGCCUCCCAGGACUACUACGGCCAGCAGCCACACUACCAACAACAGCCCUACGGCUACCCUCCGCAGCCUCCUCCAUCUCACCCUCCUCAAGGCGGCUACUACCCUCCUCAGCAACCCGGAUAUGGCCCUCCGCAGGGUUACCAACAACCUCCUCCCCCACAACAAUACCAACAGCAGGACAGCCGUGGCAGUAGUGAUCAUGGGUGCUUAGGUGCUUGUCUUGCGACCAUGUGCUGCUGCUUCCUCUGCGAAGAGAGUUGCGAGUGCUGCUUCGACUGCAUCGAGUGCUGUGAAGGCUGCUAA